AUGGCCUCUUCACACUUGGCCAAUGCAACCUUUUUGCCCUUUGUAUCGCUCGCCGCGCUCUUCUCCGCCGCCGCCGCCGCCGCCGGGCCUUCCCUGACCGCCGCCGGGCCUUACCUGACCGCCGCCACGAGCCUGCCUGCCCAGGCCCAGGUAAUUGACAGUGCCAAGUUUGCGUCAGUGGCCUCGGUUCCGCCGCCGAACGAGUACAAUGGCACGACUGUCUGGGUGCCGCCCGGUGUCUCGCGGCAGGAGCUCAAGGACCGCCCGUUCCUCGUCUUUGACCCCGACUUUCUCGAAGUCAUCGGUCACGAGCCAAAGCUGGCCAUCAUUGCAGAGACGGAAAAGGACCCUCUGUUUCACGAGGCCGUUGUCUGGGUCCCCGCCACGGAUCACGUCUUUUUUGCGCAAAACGCCGGAAGCCCGGCCGCAGGCACUGGCCUCUUGAAAUCGGCCAUUGUUCAAAAAGUCUCCGUCAAGGAGGCGUUGCAGGUCGCUUCCGGGAACAAGACCGGCCAUGUCAAGAUCGACACUGUCACCUCCCAUCCGCCCGUGAUCAACCCCAACGGUGGCACCAACUACAAAGGCAACAUCCUCUUUGCCGGUGAGGGCAUGGGCAACAAGACAGCAUCCGCCUUGUACUCGGUCAACCCGCUCCCGCCUCACAACGCCACGAUUCUCAUCAACAACUUUUACGGUCGCCAGUUCAACUCGCUCAACGACAUUGGCAUCAACCCUCGCAACUCCCACAUUUACUUUACCGAUCCGCUCUACGGAUACUUUCAGGAUUUCCGGCCCGCGCCCGCGCUCCCUGUCCAGGUGUAUCGGCUCGACCCCAAGACAAUGGCCGUCACGGUGGUCGCCAGCGAAUUUGACCAGGCCAAUGGCAUCACCUUCUCGCCCGACGGCAAGCACGUGUACAUCACCGACACCGGCGCCAACCACGGCUUCUACGGCUACGACGCCUCUCGUCCCGCGACCAUUUACCGCUUCGAUGUUGCGCAAGAUGGAACCUUUGAAAACCGAAAGACAUUUGCCUUUGCAGACAAUGGCGUCCCAGAUGGUGUUCACUGCGACAGCAACGGUAAUGUGUAUGCCGGAUGCGGAGAUGGGAUUCACGUCUGGAACCCUUCGGGCAAGCUUCUCGGCAAGAUCUUUACCGACGGCCCUGCGGCCAACUUUCAGUUUGUCGGCGAUGGGAGGAUGAUCAUCUGCGCCGAGACGCGGCUCUACAUGGCCCUGAUUGGAGCCAAGGCCGCACCUAUUAAUUAG